AUGGCGUCGUUUAGUAUUGACUCAAUUUUGGGAAGCGCUGGGCAAAAAAGUGAAAACUCAUCAAAUUUUUCAGCCUCACAAAAAGCUGAUAUAUCAAGAAAGAAGACGGGAAAAGGUUAGUGUUUUUUAACUCCUUUCCUUGCCGUUAUUCACUAUCUAACAAGAGAUAAUGAGCUAUCUAAGAUCUUCAAGGGAUUACUCAUUUUGUCAGACUGAUAAAUCUACAGGACCGUUUACGCUUUUGCUUUCAGAAGACAACUUAGCCUGUACCUCAGAAGAAGAAAACGAAGCUGAUAAUUCAUCAAACGAAAGUCUUGACGAUGCUGGAGAAAAUGAAACAGGAUCCUUGCGCCGUGGUAAUGUUUACAUUAACAAGAUACGAAGGAGAAGAACCGCUUUUACAAGCAACCAGCUGAAGUCUUUGGAGCAAAAGUUUCAUGACAAGAAAUAUUUAACAAUCACAGAGAGAAACAAUUUGGCUAAAGGCCUUAAUCUCACUGACACGCAAGUUAAAACAUGGUUUCAAAAUCGGCGAACGAAGUGGAAGAAGCAAAUGGCGCCGGACUUUGAGACCAAUUUUCGUUGGGAGGAAAAGAAUUUAUCGGCCAUUUUUAAUCACCUGCGUACUCAUUUUUCUUGCUGUGGAGAAGUUAACACUCAUGUACCUCCAUUGCAGGUUUAUUAUAAUCCUAUUCCCAUUUUCCAACCUUCAAAAAACCUUCAAGUAGUCUAUUCAAACAUGUCUCUAUAUCCGUUGUCGUCUAAUUACGGCUUUUGUGGUUAA